AUGUACGAGAUAGUAACAAUUACCGUGUACAAGAUAGUAACAAUUACCGUGUACGAUAGUAACAAUUACCGUGUACGAGAUAGUAACAAUUACCGUGUACGACAUAGUAACAAUUACCGUGUACGAGAUAGUAACAAUUACCGUGUACGAGAUAGUAACAAUUACCGUGUACGAUAUAGUAACAAUUACCAUGUACGACAUAGUAACAAUUACAAUGUACGACAUAGUAACAAUUACUGUGUACGAGAUAGUAACAAUUACCGUGUACGAGAUAGUAACAAUUACCAUGUACGACAUAGUAACAAUUACUGUGUACGACAUAAUAACAAUUACUGUGUACGAGAUAGUAACAAUUACCGUGUACGAGAUAGUAACAAUUACCGUGUACGAGAUAGUAACAAUUACUGUGUACGACAUAAUAACAAUUACUGUGUACGAGAUAGUAACAAUUACCGUGUACGAGAUAGUAACAAUUACUGUGUACGAGAUAGUAACAAUGACUGUGUACAACAUACUAACAAUUACCAUGUACGACAUAGUAACAAUUACUGUGUACGACAUAAUAACAAUUACUGUGUACGAGAUAGUAACAAUUACCGUGUACGAGAUAGUAACAAUUACUGUGUACGAGAUAGUAACAAUGACUGUGUACGAGAUAGUAACAACUACUGUGUACGAGAUAGUAACAAUUACCGUGUACGAGAUAGUAACAAUUACCGUGUACGAGAUAGUAACAAUUACCGUGUACGAGAUAGUAACAAUUACCGUGUACGAGAUAGUAACAAUUACUGUGUACGAGAUAGUAACAAUCACUGUGUACAACAUAGUUACAAUUACCGUGUACGAGAUGGUAACAAUUACCGUGUACGAGAUGGUAACAAUUACCGUGUACGAGAUAGUAACAAUUACCGUGUACGACAUAGUAACAAUUACCGUGGACGAGAUGGUAACAAUUACCGUGUACGAGAUAGUAACAAUUACCGUGUACGACAUAGUAACAAUUACCGUGGACGAGGUAGUAACAAUUACCGUGUACGAGAUAGUAACAAUUACCGUGUACGAGAUAGUAACAAGUACUGUGUACGAGAUAGUAACAAUUACCGUGUACGACAUAGUAACAAUUACCAUGUACGAGAUAGUAACAAUUACCAUGUACGAGAUAGUAACAAUGAACGUGUACGCGAUAGUAACAAUUACCGUGUACGAGAUAGUAACAAUUACCAUGUACGACAUAGUAACAAUUACUGUGUACGACAUAAUAACAAUUACUGUGUACGAGAUAGUAACAAUUACCGUGUACGAGAUAGUAACAAUUACCGUGUACGAGAUAGUAACAAUUACUGUGUACGAGAUAGUAACAAUUACUGUGUACGAGAUAGUAACAAUUACCGUGUACGAGAUAGUAACAAUUACUGUGUACGAGAUAGUAACAAUGACUGUGUACAACAUACUAACAAUUACCAUGUACGACAUAGUAACAAUUACUGUGUACGACAUAAUAACAAUUACUGUGUACGAGAUAGUAACAAUUACCGUGUACGAGAUAGUAACAAUUACUGUGUACGAGAUAGUAACAAUUACCGUGUACGAGAUAGUAACAAUUACUGUGUACGAGAUAGUAACAAUUACCGUGUACGAGAUAGUAACAAUUACCGUGUACGAGAUAGUAACAAUUACCGUGUACGAGAUAGUAACAAUUACCGUGUACGAGAUAGUAACAAUUACUGUGUACGAGAUAGUAACAAUCACUGUGUACAACAUAGUAACAAUUACCGUGUACGAGAUGGUAACAAUUACCGUGUACGAGAUGGUAACAAUUACCGUGUACGAGAUAGUAACAAUUACCGUGUACGACAUAGUAACAAUUACCGUGGACGAGAUGGUAACAAUUACCGUGUACGAGAUAGUAACAAUUACCGUGUACGACAUAGUAACAAUUACCGUGGACGAGGUAGUAACAAUUACCGUGUACGAGAUAGUAACAAUUACCGUGUACGAGAUAGUAACAAGUACUGUGUACGAGAUAGUAACAAUUACCGUGUACGACAUAGUAACAAUUACCAUGUACGAGAUAGUAACAAUUACCAUGUACGAGAUAGUAACAAUGAACGUGUACGCGAUAGUAACAAUUACCGUGUACGAGAUAGUAAUAAUUGUCGACAGGUAAGCGCAGCUUGUAGUGAUAGUUACAAGGAAUAUUGCUCCACUUCCAAAGAAGUCGACUCGGUUACAAGUUGA